GAUAACAAUAUGCUACCCCAUUGAUCAAUAAUACAGAUAUUAUAAUAAUGUCAUGUCAUCCAUAUGCAUAUUUUAUAUUAUAUAUAGCAAGAUUAGGAUGGUGCAGUUGGACGCGCAGACCGAUAAGCUAAAGCAGUGCAGUGCAGUGCAGUGAUACGGCUAUCUGAUCCGAGAUCUCCGUAUGGCAAGUCAGAAUUAUAAACCCGGUGGUGCAGUUGGCGUGGUGGUGGUGGUGGUGGUGGUGAUGAUGACGACGGUGAUGGCGUCAGCUGCAGGUGGAGGCGGCAUAGCAAUGAUCGACAGUGGCGUGGCGUCAUGCGGGGCGGUGACGAGCACGCUGGCGCCGUGCUACGAGUUCGUGGUGGGCGGGGGGGGCCCCGGGGACAAGCCCACCGACUCCUGCUGCCAGGGGGUGAGGAAGCUCUACAGGGAGGCCGCCAGCCGCGACGAUCGCCGUACAGUCUGUGAGUGCCUCAAGCGCGUCACCCGCGCCGCCUCCCCCACCACCCUCCGGAACGCCAAAACCCUCCCUCACGCCUGUGGCGUCUCCCUUCCCUUCGAGAUCACCCCUCAGCUUGACUGCAACAAGGUAGGGUGAAUUGAAUUAAUUAAUUAAUUAAAGGUGAAGAAGCCAUGCACAUCAUCAUCUGGCCUGGCCUACUGGAUCCAUCCAAUCAAUUAUCAUCGACCUACGUACUCCAAUUGGAUCCGCCAGUACUAGCUAGAGAUCUCUAUUGUUACGCUAUCUCGUCUGUAUGUGAUGUUUUUAUUUAAUUAAUUAAGGAACGACGAAUUAUAAGAAUUGUUAAUUAUUCAUUGUUAAGGUGGAUUCAUUUGGCCCUA